UUUGUAACUAAAAAACAGAGAGAGAGAAAUAAUUAAUUAAGGAGAGAUGGCUGAAGCAUCAAACAUUGGUAGCAAAAGCAGUAGAUGGUCCCUUCAAGGGUUGACAGCCCUCGUUACUGGUGGAUCCAAAGGAAUCGGGUAUGCUAUUGUGGAAGAGUUGGCAGGGCUAGGGGCCAGGGUACACACUUGUUCUAGGAACGAAGCUCAACUUAAUGAGUCCUUACAUGAAUGGAGUGCAAAAGGAUACCAUGUCACAGGUUCUGUAUGUGACAUGGCGUCUCGUCCGCAGAGAGAAGACCUCAUUGCUAAAGUCUCUGGUUUGUUUAAUGGCAAACUUGACAUCCUUGUGAACAAUGUUGGAACCAAUUUUCAAAAGGAGACCACUGAGGUCACAGAGGAAGACUUCAGAUUCCUUGUGAGCACGAAUCUUGAAUCUGCUUUCCACAUAAGCCAGCUUGCAUAUCCACUCCUCAAAUCAUCAGAGGCUGCAAGCGUAGUCUUCAUAUCCUCCAUUGCAGGCGUGGUCUCAGUAGACAUGAAAGGAACCAUAUACAGUGCAGCAAAAGGAGCAAUCAACCAACUGACAAGGAAUUUGGCAUGUGAAUGGGCAAAACAUAACAUAAGGACUAAUUGCAUUGCACCGGGGCCAAUCAAAACCAGUCUGGCUGAAAGGGUAUUAAACUUAGACGGAGAGGCGAAACUGGUGGAUGCUUUUGUUUCGCGAACUCCUCUUGGACGGAUGGGAGAGGCAGGGGAGGUGUCUUCCAUUGUAGCAUUUCUUUGCAUGCCUGCGGCUUCUUACAUAACUGGACAGACCAUUUGCGUUGAUGGCGGCUUAACUGUCAACGCUGUCUAAAUAUCUUUGGCUUCUAAAAUGCACCUCCUAUUACUUUGUAUGAUUUAAUUGUUCGAAAAUAAGGAUCUAUCAUCAUAGA